CAAAACAUUGGAAGCACGAGCUCGAUGUGUACUCCUCUUUUUACUGCAAGAUUUUAGCAAUUUAAUUCUAGUUUCUCGAUUUUAUACUGAAAAUUAUACAUCCGCUGGCAUAGUGUUCUCCUUAAGUCACAGGCAUGGAAUCAACCGUCAAAAUUAAGCAUGAACCGGGUCUGAAAUCGAAACGGGCGAAUGCUACGGUUCCAGCUGCGGUAGCUGCAGCGGAAAUUCCUGCCACUGCCACCGUCAAAACCGAGCGUCUCUCGUCGUUCCGAGUGCCACGGGAUCUUACCCUGGGUGGAUUAGCCAAUGGUCGAACCAUCAAGUCAGCCCCCAACAAGAAAGUCUACACACCCAACCUGAAUGCCGUUCGAAACAAGGACACCAAUGUCAAAACCGCUUCCGUCGGACCGAAGCAACGUGUCAAAUCGGAACGGAAGGACAAAGAUUCCAAGGCCGGCGGCAGGGGCAAGGGCUCGUUGAUUCAAACGGCAGGCAUUUUCUCCGAGGGCCUGGCCCAGCGCACCCUGCAACAGCGAUCCAAGUACGACAAAUACAACAGCUCUUCGAAGGAACCGGGAGAAGCCAUCCGGAGGCCGGUCUACCGAACCGAAAUCAAAGUCGAUCCCGAGGAAGAGCGGAAACGGAUUUCCGAUCUCUUCGGGGACGCCGAAGAGAGCGAACUACCCUCGGAGGAUGCGAAAAAGCUCGACAGUGAAAUUACCAUGCCAGUCAAAUUGGAAAAUUUGGACUACAAAUUUAAGGCGCUGAAGCCCGAGGUCAAAGACGAAACGCCAAAACCCGAAGCUGGAGAGCUGCUCGAAUCAAUCAAAGACAACGGCAAUCAAAACAACUUCUUCCUACUGCAGCUACCGGACGCACUACCCGGUAAAACGGACACGGAAGUCCGGAAAACGGAAUCAUCUGGCGGUGAAGAAGAACCCAAGGCGGAACCACCUCGCUGCACAGUGCGGGAACUGGAAGAAGGAUACAUAGGCAAAGUACUUCGAUAUCGAUCGGGUAAAGUCAAGCUGCUUCUGGGGAGUACGGUAUUCGAUCUGACCAUGGGCAUGGACAGUGGAUUCCUACAGGAGCUAGUAUCGGUCAGUACCAACACGGAGGAACGCAGCGGGAACAUCGUCAACCUGGCCGCUAUCAAAUCCAAGCUAAAUGCCUCACCCAAUUGGGAACAUUUGUUCGAAAAGUGAUAUUCACAAGUAAAUUGUUAAAAGCCAA